UCAGGGGCAGCCAGGCUGGGUGCUCCCCCUGCGUCUCCCAUGGCCCAGGGCAGCGCCUGAGCCUCUGUCACCCAGCUCAGGCCCUGCCAUGGAGACAUCUUGGCACUGAGCGCUGACUCCGGGUGUUUUCUUUUCUGCAGGCAACCAGGGCACUGUGGGAGAUUCUCCAGCUACCCAGGCGCCCACAGAGGCUGAAGGUGCAUUUCCCAUGCCUCUUCCUGGCUCUACUCUCCCAAAUUUUCUUCAGCACCGAGCAGAUGCCAGAGGAGGUUGACACCUUCUGGAGGGGAUGCCAGUGGGAAGGCUGCCUUCCCACCAACCCCAACAGCUUUGCAGUGCUGACCGUGAAAGCACUGCUCUGCCGUCUGGGGUAUGAGAAUGUGGUGUUUGAAGUGGAACGUAAGCGUGGCUGGGACACACUUCUCAACGCUGAGACCCACCACUACGCCAUGGGCCUGCUGGCCAGAGAAAUGCGUGGUAUCUCGAGGUGCUUGCGUUACUGCAUUGCACGAUACCUGGUCGAGCAGCUCAACAGGAAGGAGCCACGCUGGGAGGUCCCUGCCAUGGCGCUCUUUCUCGAGCUCUUGACCGCUUGCCCUGACAUAAGGGGAUGGGGUGUCCACAUCCUGCAGUUCAGCCCAAGGUACCUGCGGAGUGAGUGCAGAGAGAUGCAUUGCCUGGUGCUCAGAUGCUUCAUCCUGCUCAUCGAUAGACCCUUAAUGGACGCCAGCUAUGUGCAACUGCUUUCCAUUCGCCUCUUCCGAGACGUGAUGGUGAUUAUAGCUGCAUCGGGAAAAAAGCCACUGAGGGCACACAUUUACCAGAGCCUGAUCCCCCUGCUCUGCUGCCUGCACGAUGAGAACGAGCGCGUGGCAGAGGCCUCUCGGGAAACCUUGCUUCAAGCUACCGAGUUCCUGAAUAAGGGGAAGCUCAGGCAGCUGCUGGAGAUGGAGCAGACAUGGGCGGUCGCCGAGUGCCUGCUGGCAGAGCACAGCAGCAGAGCAGAUGAGUACCUGCGCCAGUCCCUGCUGUACCUGCAGAGCCCACAGGAGUCCGUGCGAGAGGUGGCCGUCAGGUUCAUUGCCCUUCAAGGCAUGACAAAUGAUGUCAGCAUCUCCGUCUCAAACCUGGCAGCUCAAACCCUGUUCCUGCUAAGAGGCACAGAGAGAAAUUCUUCCACCAGCUCCAGGCUGCUGGGGAUGUACGACCACCUCCGCAGCGCAUGGAGGAGAAGGCCUUCUCUCCGGGGCAGUGGCUGGCUGUGCUGCUGGAGCUCUGCGCAGAGCUGAUCGUGGGAGCUCUGUGUGCUGGGGCCGCCUGAGCCUGCGGGGAAGGCUGGGUGGCUCCCGGCCUCUCCCUGCCCACAGGACAGCUCUCAUCAAAGAGCCCCGGGGAACACCACUUGUGACCGGCUGCCCACUGGAUUGAACUCCCUUCAGCACCACUCUUUGGGACCGAGCUUGCUGUCCUGCCCCUCCUCCUAGCCUGCGUGUCUUUCCUUUGUGGAAAAAGAACAAUGGAGGAAAAGUCAGCCCUGAAGGAACCAGGACUCUCAGGAGAGGGUGACCAGCUGUGCCCGCUUUCCAGCAGCCAUCGGCUGGUUCAAUAUUAAAACAUCAAGCGCUACUUAAGGAAUGCUCGAUCAAAACGGAGUUUAGAUUCACGCUAAUUAGACAUAGGCAAUGCCUCUUCUUUCCAACGUGGGGGUUGUUCCCUUACAACAUGGACACCCCCCUCCAGCCCUUCAAUCCAAAAAUGCCCACGGACCCUCACAGGGAAACACAGACAGGAGAGGAAUGCUCCCUCAGCCGGUCACCUCCUUUAAACAGCCACAUCCUGGCCGUUGCUUUGCCGCCUCCCAAACGCCAGCGCUACAGCCAAGAGGCCCCAUGGGCUGCAGCGACCCAUUUGGUGCACGUGGGACCGCUCAGGGAAGGAAGCCCGGGGCAAAACAUGCGGGGCACCCAGGUGCAGCAGCCGAGAGGGAUGUUGGCCCUGGGAUUUCGAGGAAGCUGCCCCUGCCCCAGGAGGCUGCCCCCUCAAAAUGCUGUCAUGUCCAGAGAGAGAGUAUGGUGGAGCAGCAGAGCCGCCCCAUGUUGCACCCAUUUUGGAAGGGCAGUGGGAGCUGAGACGGGUGUCAGGAGCCGGCCAGCGAGGUGCUGGGGGCUGGGGGUGCAACAUUUGGGGUUCAAUUUUAUAGAGGAGAGAAAGGAAAUGCACGGGCACUUUCUUCUAAUCCCAUCUAAAAAGAAACACCAGGCCUUACAAUGCCACGCAGCAGAGCCAUGGACGUGCCUGCUAGCCAUUAAUCUUUACUCCUGCGGGUGGCCUUGGUCCACAGGUUGGGCCCUCUGUUCCCCUCAAAAGCCAUAUUUUUCAUCAUGGAGGUGGUUGUGAUGCGGGGGAUAGGCUGAUCAGAAAUUGGUGACUCCCCUAGCAGAGACGGAUGAUCAUCCACCUCCUCACGUCCCUGUCUUCAUUCUCACAACUACUAGGUGGUGUGCUGGAGAGUUUCAUGCCCACCUGGCCCAUGGGGUAUUUAGCUGGCUGUAAGUAAUGCCUCCGCGCGCUCUCAACGCGCUCCUAGUGCCACCCGCCUCUUCUUCACAAGCAAUGAGGCCGAGGCCUUGCAAGCUCCUGCUGCUGGGGAGCUCAUCGAGCAAAACCAUCUCAGUCAAGCCCAUCAGCUUAAUCUUUGCAUCCACACUCGCUAGCAAGAGAUUGUCUUGAAAGAAGAGAUUGCUGUGGAGGGCCACAAGGGUUCCGUCCUCCUCUUCUGGGCUGUCAGAGCCGAGCAUUGCCUGAACACCAGACAUUACCCACCAGCAUCCAGCGAGACCGCUUCCUGCUGCCAGGCUGAGUCUUUGUCUGACGGCCCUGUGGAGAAGUGCGUGGAGAGCAUGUCCCAGCUGUGACCGAGAAGCAACUCAGUGAAGGCCCAGGAUGGGUAGCGGUGACAAGCUCUGGCUUAUCAAUUGGUCCCCCAGCGUAGUGGCCAGAUGGCUGAAAAUAGGGGCCGAUGGGGGAUCAUUCAGAAGGCCCAUGGCCUCCCUUGGUCUGAGGUGGGAUGCAUCAGCUUUUACAGUCUUGCAGCAAAGACACAGCAGGGUGUUGUUCAGAGCUAGGUAAUCCCCCCCAUUCCCAGCCGUGAAAAAUCCCAGAUGUGCAGGUUCUGCAAGAGUAGAAAGCGGAGGCGCCUCCCUGCACGGGCUUUUCUCAGUCCUGGUCUGCCCUGGGGACACUUCAAUCCGGCUUAAUAUUUGGUACAUUCUUGUGAGCAGCCAUCCCUUACUUUAACACGUCUUUCCUUUGCUAGCGUCUGGUGGGUUAAUCCCGGUAGGCAGGUCAGCCCCGCACAGCCCAUCACUCCCUCCCCGCCAGAGGGCUGGGGCUGAGGAUCAGCAGGUUAGAAGUGAGAACACUCGUUGAGCUGAGGUAAAGACAGUUUAGCAGGUAAAGCAAAAGCUGCACGUGCAAGCGAAGCAAAAGAAGGAAUUCAGUCACAGGAUCAUAGAAGAGCCCAGGUUGGACGGGACCUCAGAAGAUCAUCUGGUCCAACCUUUCACGGGAAAGGGAGCCUAGCACCCAGGCCCCCUUGUCACGUCUCAAAAAGCUCCAGCGAUGGGGACUCCACCACAUCCCUGCGGAGGUGGCUCCAGGGGGUGAUUGUUCUCACUGUAAAAGAUUUCUCUCUUGUGAUGAGCGGAAACCUCUUCCGGCGCCACUUGUACCCUUGUCUUCUCCUUGUGGCUCCUUCUGAGCAGAGCGCCUCCACCCUCUUUGUAGCUGCCCUUCCAGUACCGGGAUAGUGCCAUUGGCUUCCUCCUGAGCCUGCCCUUCUCUAGGGAGAAAAGACCCAACUCUUUCAGUCUUUCUUUGUUGGGCAGGUUCUCCAGCCCUUUCAUCAUCUUUGUGGCCUCCCCAGACUGCCUGCAUCUUUCUUGAACUGUGGGGACUGGAACUGGACGCAGUACUCCAGGCGCUGCCUGACAAGCACUGAGUAGAGUGGGAUGAUCACGUCUUGGUCUCUGCUAGCAAUGCCCCUGUGGGUGCAACCCGGGACCUGAUUUGCCUUUGUUGCCGCAGCGGUGCACUGCCGACUCACGUGCAGCUUGUUGUCCACCAGGACCCCCAGGUCCCUUUCAGCAAGGUUGCUUCCCAGCCACACGGAUCCCAGCCUGUCCUGAGCUCUUUGCUUAUGUCACUGCAGGUACAGGAGUUUGCACUUGUCUUUGUUCGAGUUCAUCCUGCUCUUGCUAGCCCACUCUUCCAGCCUGUCCAGGCCUCUCAGUAAGACGGCUCUCCCUUCUCGUGUGUUCGCCUCACCACCCAGCUUGGUGUCAUCAGCACACGUGGUGAGGGUGCUUUCAAUCCCAUCGUCCAGGUUAUUUAGGAAGAUGCUGAAAAAGCCUCUGAGAGUCACCUGUUAGCCAAUUUCCCGCCCAUCUCACAGAUGACCCAUCCAGUCUGUACCUUGCCAGCUUGCCCAACUGGAGACUGUGGGAGACACUGUUAAAUGCUUUCCUGAAGGCCAGGUAAACCACGCCCACUGCUCUCCCCGUCUCAGGAGAAGAUGUGAUUUUGUCAUAGAAGGUGAUCAGGCUAGUCUGGCAUGAUUUGCCCUCAGUAAAUCCGUGCUGGCUUCGUGUCUGUGGGAGGACACUUUUGCAGUGACGGCGGCCAUUAAACCAGGCACCCAAAUACACUGAACCCCAAACCGGACCUGCACAUCGCUGCGUCACAGAGCAUGAAAGCAAGAUGCUCAAAAUGGACAUGAAUGAAGCCUAUUCGAUAGCACUGCUCUCACUGAACAAGCAUUAUUAAUACUCUGUAUAGAAAACUGAUGAAUACCCCAACAAUAAAUAUUUUUUAGU